AAGAAAACCGCCGGGGCUGAGAGCCUGGACGAAGAUCGGCAUCUGAAAAUCUGAAACAAUGGAAGCACGUCAUGCGUCCCUUGGUCGACGGACGUUGGAAGAGAUUCGUCAGAAAAGGGCCACUGAUAGAUUAAGCAAAACCCCAUCCGGACCUGAUCUGAGCAAAGUCCCGAACCCCGCCGAAAUUGCGGGAAUGAAGAAGUCGGAGAGCGCAAAUAAACUGUCUGAUACGGAUAUUAGUUCUUUACUAUCACAACUAAACGACCUGCAGAAGAAGAACGUAGAUUUGGAGGAAGAAAACAAGAAAGUAACUUUAAAGCUACAAACAAUGGAAAUUGACCACAGUGCAAUGCAAAAGCAGCUGAAUGAAUUAGAGCAAAGCACUGUGCCAUCUCUAAGGAAAGCUCUCAAGGACGUUGCAAUGGAGAAAGAUGCUGCAGUUGUUGCGCGGGAGGAUCUUUCAGCUCAGCUUCGUACACUGAAGAAACGUUUAAAGGAAGCAGAAGAUGAACAAUAUCGUGCAGAGGAAGAUGCAGCUGCUCUGAGAGCAGAAUUAAACUUGAUUCAGCAACAAGCAAUGACUAGUACUGUUGGUACAAUUUCGCUACCUGGAAUCCCACCAGAACAAAUUCAAAGAUUAGAAAACGAGCUAGCAAGUUUAAGAUCAGAACUGCAGCGAGAAUCACUGUUGAGGCAGCAGGAACAGCAACAACUAGCCAUGGAGCAAGCCCGCAUUGCGGCACUGCUCUCUGAAAAGCAGGAGAUGGAAGAGAAAUUGAACUCCUUGUCUAGAAAGGCCGCAGAUGGCCCGGAAAAAAUGGGGGACAAGAAAUUUUCUGUGGAAGACAGGCUGAAACUGGAGAAUCAGCUGCAUGAUAUGGCUUUAGCUGUUGAGAGGUUGGAAGGCAGUAGGCAGAAGCUCUUAAUGGAGAUUGACUCACAAUCUACUGAAAUCGAGAGGCUUUUUGAGGAAAACUCUAGCAUCUCAACUUCGUACGAGGAAGCGAUUGGAGCUGCAAUGAGAUGGGAAAAUCAGGUGAAGGAUUGUCUUAAGCAAAAUGAAGAGCUCCGUGGGAUUCUAGAUAAAUUGAGAAUGGAACAGGCUAGGGGCUUCCCUGACUCAUCCAGCGAUGGGGCACAUGUGGCCGUUUCCUCAGCAUCUACAUCAGAAAUGGUGUCCUUGAAGGGUCAACUUGUGAAUGAACAGAGCAGAGCAGAGGCACUAUCCGCACAAGUCAUGCAGCUUUCUGUGCAACUCGAACAAGCCAAACAAGCAUAUGAUGGUCUUUCACGCUUCUACAAGCCCGUGCUGCGCAACAUUGAAAGUAGUCUCAUUAAAAUGAAGCUGGAUGGUUCUUUAGCUGUGCGGUGAUGCCAGUGAGCCUUUCUUGUGAUGAUACUGGGGAUGAGAACCAUUCGCCAGGGAGAGUCGCGCGUGAGAGCCAUCCCUCACACAGCCGUAGACCUGUAUUUAUAAAGCGUGUAACAUUUUUUUUCCUGUGUACCAUCAUUAACGGGUAAAGAACAAGUAUCAAAGUAUUGAGGUUUAUCAAAGAUGAUGAUGAUAAUUUUGUAUUAACCACAUUGUUGGUCGAGAGAUUCAUUUUAUAAAACAUAACUCCGGACA